AUGAACGCUGCACGACAAAGGGUGUGCCAGGCUGCUCGCCAGGUGCCGCGCACGGCGCGCACGUAUGCCUCCGACGCACACCACAAACCCGCUGCGCCGGUCAACGAAUCCUUUGGAAAAGGAUCCAUUGCCGCCGUUGGCACCUUUUUUGCCGCCGUUGCCGUCUUCUCUAUGAAGCCCGCCGAGGGCGAGCAAUCCGUCGUCAGCAGCAUGAUCAACAAGUACCGGUCUCGCGCCGAGGACUGGGCAGAGAUCAAUGCUCUUCACACAAAGGCCGCCGAGCAGGCCGGUUACGAUCGCAAUCUAUUCGAAAACGCCUCCAACAAGCACAGAUACGUCAACGUUUCGUACCCCGAGGCAUUUCAAUCUCACGCCCCUCGAAACAUACAAGCCGGACAGCUUGUCAACCUGGAUCAUGUUGUGGAGCAUUACAAGAAUGAGCACCUAAAGGAUGAGGAGCGAAAAGCCAAGAAGCUAGCCGAGCAAAACUGA